AGCUCUGCACCAUGGAUUGGCAGCCAGAUGAGCAGGGACUACAGCAAGUGCUGCAGUUACUCAAAGAUUCCCAGUCUCCUAACACGGCCACGCAGCGUGUUGUCCAAGAUAAACUGAAGCAACUGAACCAAUUCCCCGACUUCAAUAACUACCUGAUAUUUGUCUUGACACGGCUGAAAUCGGAAGACGAACCGACUCGCUCGCUCAGCGGGCUGAUCCUGAAGAACAACGUGAAGGCGCACUACCAGAGCUUCCCCCAGCCCGUGGCGGAGUUCAUCAAACAGGAAUGUCUGAACAACAUUGGCGACGCUUCCUCUCUUAUCCGAGCCACUAUCGGGAUUCUCAUUACCACCAUAGCUUCCAAGGGGGAGCUUCAGAUGUGGCCGGAGCUCCUGCCGCAGCUAUGCAACUUGCUGAACUCCGAAGACUACAACACGUGUGAGGGGGCCUUCGGUGCCUUGCAGAAGAUCUGUGAGGAUUCUUCCGAACUCCUGGACAGCGAUGCUCUGAAUCGACCCCUGAACAUCAUGAUUCCCAAGUUCCUUCAGUUCUUCAAGCACUGCAGCCCCAAGAUCAGGUCCCAUGCCAUCGCCUGUGUGAAUCAGUUCAUCAUGGACCGAGCUCAGGCGCUGAUGGAUAACAUCGACACCUUCAUCGAGCACUUGUUCGCUCUGGCGGUGGACGAAGACCCCGAGGUUCGGAAGAACGUCUGCCGAGCGCUGGUGAUGCUGCUAGAGGUCCGGAUCGAUCGUCUGAUCCCUCACAUGCACAGUAUCAUUCAGUACAUGCUGCAGAGGACCCAGGACAACGACGAGAACGUGGCCUUGGAAGCCUGCGAGUUCUGGCUGACGCUAGCCGAGCAGCCCAUCUGCAAAGAGGUGCUGUCCUCACAUCUAGUGCAAUUGAUUCCGAUCUUGGUGAAUGGAAUGAAAUACUCUGAAAUCGAUAUCAUAUUGCUAAAGGGGGAUGUGGAAGAGGACGAGGCCAUCCCAGACAGCGAGCAGGACAUCAAGCCCCGUUUCCACAAGUCGCGCACCGUCACGCUGCAGCACGAGGAGGACCGGACGCAGGAUGACGAGGACGGGGAGGAUGAGGACGACGACGACGACACGCUGUCGGACUGGAACCUGAGGAAGUGUUCGGCCGCGGCCCUGGACGUCCUGGCCAACGUGUUCCGAGACGAGCUCCUCCCGCACCUCCUCCCGCUGCUCAAGGGCCUGCUCUUCCACCCCGAGUGGGUCAUCAAAGAGUCUGGCAUUCUAGUCCUGGGGGCCAUUGCUGAAGGCUGCAUGCAGGGCAUGGUGCCCUACCUCCCCGAGCUCAUCCCGCACCUGAUCCAGUGCCUCUCGGACAAGAAGGCCCUGGUGCGCUCCAUCGCCUGCUGGACCCUCAGCCGCUACGCCCACUGGGUGGUGAGCCAGCCCCCCGACAUGCACCUCAAGCCGCUGAUGACGGAGCUGCUCAAACGCAUCCUCGACAGCAACAAGAGGGUGCAGGAGGCAGCCUGCAGCGCCUUUGCAACCCUGGAGGAGGAGGCUUGCACGGAGCUGGUCCCUUACCUCAGCUUCAUCCUGGACACCCUGGUGUUUGCCUUUGGGAAAUACCAGCACAAGAACUUGCUGAUCCUGUACGAUGCUAUUGGCACCCUCGCCGAUUCCGUGGGGCAUCACCUAAACCAGCCGGAGUAUAUCCAGAAGCUGAUGCCCCCUCUGAUCCAGAAGUGGAAUGAACUGAAGGAUGAGGACAAGGAUCUCUUCCCUCUGUUAGAAUGCUUGUCGUCUGUAGCAACCGCUCUCCAGAGUGGCUUCCUUCCGUACUGUGAACCCGUCUACCAGCGCUGCGUGACGCUGGUGCAGAAAACGCUGGCGCAGGCCAUGAUGUACAAUCAGCAACCGGACCAGUAUGAGGCCCCCGACAAAGAUUUCAUGAUCGUGGCGCUGGAUCUGCUGAGCGGCUUGGCGGAGGGCUUAGGGUGCCAUGUGGAGCAGCUGGUGGCCAGAAGCAACAUUAUGACGUUGCUCUUCCAGUGCAUGCAGGACACCAUGCCGGAGGUUCGGCAGAGCUCCUUCGCCCUCUUGGGAGACCUCACCAAAGCCUGCUUCAUGCACGUCAAGCCCUGUAUCGCUGAGUUCAUGCCCAUCCUGGGCACCAACCUGAACCCGGAGUUUAUCUCGGUGUGCAAUAACGCUACCUGGGCCAUUGGGGAGAUCUGCAUGCAGAUGGGGGCGGAAAUGCAGCCGUACGUCCAGAUGGUCCUGAACAACCUAGUGGAGAUUAUCAACCGGCCAAACACCCCCAAAACGCUGCUGGAGAACACAGCCAUCACCAUCGGACGCCUGGGUUACGUUUGUCCUCAAGAGGUCGCGCCGAUGCUACAGCAGUUUAUCAGACCCUGGUGUACGUCUCUGCGGAACAUCCGUGAUAACGAGGAGAAGGACUCUGCCUUCCGCGGCAUCUGCAUGAUGAUCGGGGUGAAUCCCGGCGGAGUCGUGCAGGACUUUAUUUUCUUCUGCGAUGCUGUUGCUUCGUGGGUGAGCCCUAAGGAUGACCUGAGGGACAUGUUUUAUAAGAUUCUUCAUGGCUUCAAAGACCAAGUUGGCGAGGAGAACUGGCAGCAGUUCUCGGAGCAGUUCCCGCCUCUGCUGAAGGAGAGGCUAGCUGCAUUCUACGGGGUCUAGGCAACGCAGAGAAACCGAACUAGGUUCCUGUAUGUGCUGGGAGGGUUACUGGGAACUCGUCCACAGGUGUUGCAGAGCCCUGUUAAUGGGGGGUUAGGGAGGAAGGGAGGAGCAUUGUGGGACAUAAAAUGACUUCCCUCCCAUCUCCUGAAAUUUAAAGGGGGGGGACCGCCGAGAUCAAUUCAAACAAGCAACCAGGGAAUCUCAGCGAUUGGGAAAAGGGGCUCUUUCCUCCUUUUUCAGAGGUCAUCUCUGGUAGAUGGGGAUGGGGUGGGGGUUGGCCGUGGGCCGAAAUAGGGGAGCGAUCUUAAACUGCAACACUUCCUGAGAAGGGGAUCUAACUAGGGCCAUAAUAGAAAAGGACUAGCUAAUAAUAAUAAUAAUUUAAAAAAAAAUCAUUUAAAGGCUAGGUUUUAAAAACAAAGAUAUGAAUAAAAAGCUAAAAUUGGAUAAAAAGUUCUAAUGGUUAAAAAUCUAGCUGUCGAGAACGGAAGGGUUAAACUAUAAUAAACACAAGGUUAUACUACUGUAUAAAUAUUACCAGUCACCGGUGUUUGAGAUCAGCUUUUCCUCACCUCUUCCAGACUGCAUGGUGACAGAAGUAGACUAGCAAUCCUGUGAGUAGCCCAUAAUUAAGUGUAAUCGUUUUUCAUCUAGAAACUUAAAACAGCAAGAAAAAAACCUUUUCUGAAAUAGUUUCCAUGGCAGCGUUUACUGGAUGCGAUGCAUAAAACCCCCCAACCCAUAAGGAUCUCCUCAGCCGAGAUCCAGUCGAUUUCUAUUGUGAAGGGGGCCCUUGUAACGAAUACUGUCGGAGAAGCAUGUUUUUUAUAAAAAAGAAAAAAAUCAAAAUACACAGUGCAGUGAAUUCUCUUAACCUGUCCUUCAGCUACAGCCAGAGGGAGGUGAAAGUGACACAGGUGGGAUUGUAAGUGAUGCGGUUGUAUCAUGCAUAGGCUGGACAUCCCAUCUUCACCUGGUUUAUAGCGCCACCUGAUCAGGGAGACAUGUACUGCACUCAGUCCCAAGUAACACAGUUCAUUACGGUUAAUUAUGCUUUCUGUCUUAAUGGAGUUUAUGCCACAUCUGCUACUUCAGUUUACAAAAUAAAAGAGGGCAGUCCAGAUAGUGGAGCACAGAGGAGAUGGAAGUGUAGCUUUGUGUAGGCAACAGUCACAUUUCUUUUUAAGACAAGUCCAUAAAUUCUGCUACAUGCUCAGUUGGAGUCUUGACAAGACUCCCAUGAAUUUUAGUCCCCCGUUUAUUUAAAAAAUAAAUCAGGGGUUGGUUAUGCGGAAAGCUUUUGACUUGGUGUAACCACAGCUUUUUAACUGUAAAUGAGGUAAUGUGCUGUGAAAGCAUCGUUUGACAGCCUGGGUGUUUUUUGACUUGCCACUAGUCAGAAGGAAGCUGUAUGGGGGAAAGAAAGGGGAACGUUUAAUCCUUUAAAGGUGAAAGAAUAACGGAGUGGUGGUGGGGGGGUACUGCCAGUUGUCGGGAAGCGUCUGAGUCUGCUUGAUCUGUCUGUAAUCAGCUGAGCUGUGGGAUGAAGAGAAAUCAUUUCCCAAAGUGACACGCACCAAGGGAAAUUCCAGUUCUCCUGAGAAGAGACGCGGCUGGGAUGCUGAUUUUCUCCAAGUGCAGGUUGGGGAGAACUCUUCACCAACUCCUUCCUGGAUUCUUUUUUUAAAAAAACUGAAAGUCACUCAGGUGACAGCAGGACGAACCUGUGGUUGAACUGUGGAAAGUCUGACCCUUCUCGAGGCUGCAGCCACACCUGUUGUAAAAGUACCGUGCAGUGAGGAACCCACCGUCUCCUUUUGGCUGGCAGUGUCAUGCAGGGUGUGGGGAACCAAUUUACUAAAGCAGCAGUUGGUCACUCUAGGAUCAGUCGUGCUGCACCUGUGUCUAUUGAAAGCAUUUGUUUGUGGGAUCACUCAGUAACUUAAGCUUCACUGAUCCUUUCCCUUCAUCCUCCCUGGUUAUUUUUCAGCACUUCCUUUCCCUCCUUUUUCUAUACUUUUUUUUUUUUUUUAAGCUUUCUUUUAACGCCCCCUAAGUUUUUGCACUCGAGUUCACCGGUGCAAUAGGCCUUCGCACCACAAAAUUUUGCGCAUAACAGCCUGGCUGGCUUAGUGUCCACUGUUGUUUUCACUGGCUGGCGUAGCCCCAAGCCUUGCUCCCACCCAUCUCUCCCGCUGAAGAUCUUGAGGGGUGGGGAGAGACUCAAGCAGCAUUCAGCCCUAAGUGCAUCUCUACCUUAGAGGAAGGAAGGGAUGGGGAACGAAAGAGAUGCAUUCCUUCACUUCAGCCUCCUUUUUUUAUUUUUAUUUUUUAUUGGUAUAAGACUUGAGCAGGUCUCUGGGAAACUAUCAGAUGUUUUUCUCUUUUGCAUUUUGAUGCUUUAUUUUAAAGCAUUUCCUUUCCCUCCAUUCCUGCAGAGAGGGAUGAAACCUGGAUUUCCAUUAGAGCAGGGGUCUGGUGUGAUUUUUUUUUUAAAUGCAUGAACA